CCCUAGCGAUCUCGCCCGUAUUCCCGUAUUCCUGAUCUCGGCAACCGGCCACAACGUGUUUUGUGCGUGUGGCUCUUUCCAAGUCCGGCCAACCUGGAGCGGAAACCCGUCCGGCCGCGUGCUUUUCUGUGUAAAACGAGGAACGAUUUCCAAGCCUGGAAGCUUCUGUUGUCUAGUACUUGUGUUUGUGUGCGUGCGUGUAUGUGCGUUCGGUGAUUGCGUGUGCCGACGCGAUUUGUGUACAGUUUAUCGUAGAAAAUCGUAAAAAUUCCUCACAAAGCCGGCUGUGGACUGAUCGCCCACAGCAGCAGCAGCAGCAGCAGCAGCUAGUUCGAGAAUAUCAUCCUCACGCUACAACAACAAAAACAAGUGCCAAAAAGGGGAGAGGAGGAGUGACGCGCGCGCGCUCCCAAUCGCUUAUUUCUCGUUCUGGAGAGCGAGUAGAGCGCGUAUUCCCUUUGUUUGGUGCGAGAGAGCCAACGUCAGAAGAGGGUGGUACACGAGCGCCACCGCCCCCAUCGCAGCCACCGCCACCAGCAGCCAGCAACCAGCAACAGCAACAACAGCAACUGACAGGCGAGACCGGGAGGCGAGAUCGCGGCAGGCUAGCGUCAUCACCAGGCAGCCGCGUGGUUUGCGCGUCGUUCAUAACCCCGAAAAGCGCACGCGGUCGCGGGCCACCUUUUCCGCAACGGAGCAGCCUUUGGUUUGCAGUCCGAUUAUUUUGCGUCUGCUAUUUGUCGUCAAAUCAAGUCGCGCGUGUGUGUAUCUGUGUGCGCGCUGCAAUUGCUGAGGGCACUGCACUGCACUUCAUUAUCAUCGAUCGGACCAGCGUCGUCGUCGCCAUCGGGUGUGCCCGUCGUCAUUAUCACAAUCUUCACCUGAAGCACUGCUGUCUGCUUCUGCUUCUGCUGCUGCUGCUGCUGCUGCUGCUGCUGCUGCUGCUGGUGGCGGUACUGCUGCAGCGAGCGAGUGCGUAAUCGCGGUUACAAUCGGUCAUUCGCGUGUGGCCCCCUCCCCAUCUCGGCAGGUCCCCGCUUGUCCACUGUGUGUACGUACGUGUACGUCUGUGUACUUAACUGCAUUAUUGCCGUGCACCGCGAGAAUCAUCGAACGUGCUAGAAAGAGUACCCCAGCGACGGAGAGAGAGAGAGAGCGACAGGGAUCCGCGGAUAAGCAGCAGACAAGGAGGUGAAACCGGAGGGGGGAAAGAACGGGGAACUGGUUGGCCUUACUGAACUGAUUCGCGAGGCGCACGCAAAACGGCGUAAAGGUAACCAUGGCGUAACUGCUAGUAACGCGAGUGUCGCACUUUGCAGAAAUUCGAAAAGAGACAGAGCGAUACAGAGCGACCGAGAGGGAGAGAGAACGAUAGGCCUUACGACAUAGAGCAUCUCGCGUACAGCAACAACAACAACCAGCAGCAGCAGCAGCAGCACCGGUGGCGGCGGCGCCAGUGGCAACAGCGGAAGGAGCAGAUCCAGGGAGGCGUGCGCGGAUUGACAAUCUCCUAGCUUCGAAGCUCUCCCGGUCAGACAGAGUGUGUUGGGACCCUCCGCGAGUGUGUAGUGUGUUGCUGCGCUGCACCUUACCACGCCAGAGUCAAUCGUGAGUUCAAUCGGAACGGAGAGCGCAACGCAAACGCUUUGCAAGCCAGCCACCCCCGACAACAAGAAGGCCACCCCCAUUCACGGAUAUCACGCGAGUCUGAUGAACAGAUGAUCUCCUGCAGUGCAACCCUCGCGCCAAACGAAAGCUACGAGCCAGAGAAAGCUCAUCUUCCCUGCUAACAUAACGGUAAAAGUGUGCGCAUCCCCUCCCGAGAAAUCACGGCCAGGUGAGGAGAAGAGUAACACGCGAAAAGCUACCUGGAAUCGAGGUGCAACGGAAGUGGAAAACACGCGGCCCUCGCUAUAGAGCAGCGCGCUGAGUGGGGAGUCUAUCCGGAAAUUGCCACCCCCAUCAACGCGAGAUACGAAGCUCUCUCACUCUCACGGUCUCGACCACCAUCGCACAUCUCGGAGUCGCACGCAUCAGCUCAUCAUGCACGGUGCAUCGUCGUUGUCGUCGUCGUCGUAGCAGCCAUAGUCACAGCAGCAUCAUCAUCAUGCUUCGUUCGUUGUAAGCAGCAGCAGCAGUCCCGACCGAAAACCGCGUGGUUUUGCACAGUGCGAACAUCGUGGAACCCAACGAGGGAGAAUAAGGCAUUGUAUCCGAACGGACGAGAAAACCUCGUGGUGCAUCCGAUCCUGCCUUUUUAAGCGCUUACGUUCACCGGAAGUGGAUAAUAUUGCUGCAUUAUUUUUGCCUCAAAAACAUGUGCAACACCUGCUGAGAUUGUCCUGUGUGUCUUUGCUGAAGGAGCCCUUAGUUCGGUUUUUCGCCACAAUCGCUUUCAUAUCGCCCCACUCCAUCGUGUGCCCUAGAUGAUGCAGGCCAUGAAGAUAGGAUUCUACGGGCAACAAAUUUGAGACCACAUGUGCUUUUAGCAGUAGCAGCAGCAAUUACAAACGAUGGCGCUGCACUAGUGAACCAGCGAGACAACCCUAGUUACGCGCGCGUGUGAGUGCGAGGAGCCGUGCAAUUUCAUGCAAAACACAUAACCCCCGGGAUCCAAGCAACCACCAUCAUCGCCUUCUGCGACGACGGAACCACGAGGUCUACAGGAGGGCACCAUACAGUGUGAGUAGUACUGGUGCUGGGCGAGCUUCUGCUUCGUUUUCGCUGGAACGUUUCUUCUUAUCCACGAUUCGGCUACACCUCGCACCUCCAUUCAACCACCGCCUGCCUUCCAGUGUACCACGGCUGCUUGGCUGCUGCGUUCCAUCCAUCCAGAUGCAACCAGGCAACGCUCCGUCGUCCCUCCUCUGCCGUGUGUCCAUCAUCGAGUAAUACAACCGCCGCCCGGGGGGAGGUUGGUUUGCUAAAAUAAGCACCAAACGGCCUUGAAGGACGGAGUUGUGGCGAUUUUUGCCUUUUCCUUCCUUCCAUUCUUACCAGUUUUUUGCGCUGGUCCAUCGCCAAGCCCCAAGCCUGUUUCAUUCUUGUAGAGCAAGUUACUCCCCACUCCGCUGGCGUUACCAAGCACAUACACGCACACACACACACAUGCUGAGCGCACAACCUCCGAAGAUACCCAGCGUAGCGAGGUUAGCUCUUGCGCCGUUUAAUUGCAGCAGCACGUUAUCGUCGUCGCUGUCGUCGUGCAUCAUUAAGCAACGCUAAGCAGCAGUGCAUCGCAAGCGCAGCGCUAUCAUAUGGUCGGAGGUACUAGAAUAUUGGAUUCCAUUUUUGGCUUCUCGCAUCGCUGCUCACCAUUCGCCAUUGGUGCAUCUCGCACUGUACCGAACCGUCGUUCUUUAUCAAUCGCAUAAAUCGUACCACCCCAAAAACACACCCAUACCCGGGACAGGGAGAACAAAGGAAUAGCAAUCAUCGAUCGAACGCGCUCCACAUACUCACGCGCGGCGCCAGGCCUCUACGCGCUUCGCACCAUUGAAGGCAGCAGCAGCGGCGGCAGAAGCAUCAACGAAAGGCAACAACAAAAACAAACAGUGCAACUGCACCACCAACAACGACACACACGCAAUCGAGCGCAACACUGACAGCAGUUGUGUGCGCAGAAGCAAUCGUGCACGCGUGUGUUGGUGAACGGGCUGGUUUUUGAGAGAAGUCGGCGUUGCACUUAUCGUCGUCAGCUGGUGUAGCAGGGCGACGAGCAGCAGCAGCAGCAGAGUGUCCCCAGCGAAGAACAAAACAAGCAAAACCAAAAACAACAUUCAGCAGCCAGCUGAGAGUGUGCCCCCGACCGUAGUGGUGUGUGGUUGCUGCGAGAGAACAUCGUUUCGCGGAUUUUCGGUGGUCAUCAGCAACAGCAUAUAAUCGCCCCCUUACGUUCACAACCGCACUCGCAGCCAUAGCAGCAUCAGCCAGUAUUAAUAACGGAGUUGCAGUUGCACAGGAGAAAGAGAAAGGGGGAAGAAGACUCAUCAUCGUUCGAGUCACAUUUUUUUCUCCGUUCGUUACGCCUGCUGUGUUAACUAAUAUUAAAUCAUCGACAAUCGACAUCGAGCAUCGUUAGCCUCUGCGCUUGUGAGUCUGCUGUGUGUUUCUGUUAAGUUUCGGAGUUGGUCUACGAGCAAAGAAGGUCAUGACGGUGAAGUGCAUCGCUGGCGCUUUGCUGUGAACCACGUCGGCUGUAUGUGUGUGAUUUUUCGGUGCUGCAUGGAUUUAUUCAAAGACAAAGUCCAAGGUGAAACCCAGCUGCAUCAAAACUGACGACAGCGCACCAUCGCUCAUGACAACAAUAACCUCAAGGCAAAAGGUGGAACCGAAAGCGCAACACACACGUGCGUGACACGGUACGCGAGGAAUCCGUAGCGAGAGAGCAAGCCAGAGAGAAGGAGAACGAGAUAGAAGGAAAAGGAGGCCCAGCAGCAUAUCGCGAGUGUUUUGAGAGAAUCGAAACCUCACGAUCAUAGCACGCACCACGCGGGACGCGAAAUUAGUCAAAAGGAUCAUCAGCUUCUCAAAGAAAACGACAAAAAAAUCUAAUCCAAACGUGCUGGCUUGGCUGAUUCCCGUUUGUCUCGCCCGUAAGCUAUUCUCUCUCUCUCUCUCACACAAACACGCUCUUGCCAACCAUAUCUCUAGCGUGCUUUCCACGCGGUGUCCUAGAUCGCGAUUGUGUGCAGUGGCAACGCUCAGCUCAAAAGAAAAUCAAAGGCAAAAGCGCAUCACGCGUGUUGCUCUCGCGCAUCGCUCGUAUCUCAUCAUACCGUCGCACAAUCCGUUGCACAAGCCAAUCUGCACUCACACACACGCGCGAGCCAGAGCGAACAUCUUGAAAUCGGUGUGCAACACGCGGUUUUGUUUUAUUUAAUUUGUUUUUUGAGGGGUUAAGAAUUUGUCGAAAAGAAAAGUACAAAGCAACCAGCAACAACAACAACACCACCAAGAGAGGCUCUCGAGAAAAUAAGUAGUAAACGGUAGUGGUAGAGAGGAGGGAAGACAAGACCACGUGUGGCAAAGGAGAACUUCUUACACUACUUCUUGUCCAUUUGCGCGGUGCACUUAGUGACCUUUAGAAAAUAUUCGAGAAGAAAAAGAUAAUCAAAAGCUCACGUUCCUUACUAAAGCACACACACACACAACCACAAACACAUACCCCCCCACGAGCCAACCUCACUGCCUGAGGGAGGAGGAGGCGUCAUCGCCAACGACACGACCAUCGAACGUUCAACACCACGCGCAAACGCACGCACGCCAACAGGUGACACGCGCGGUGUGCCAGGGUUGAAGGAUUUCUGGCAAAAAUAAAAAUGGACGUCACUCGGCAGCGGCAGCAGCAGUGGUCGUCGCAUCAGCAGCAACCACCACCGCACUCACCACCGGAAACGGACAAUGAGGAGGAGGAUGAGGAGGAAAACCCGCGGCUAGUAGCCAAUAUGCCUCCACCACCACCUGCUGUCGCCGUCGUCGAGUGUGAUGAUCGACAGGCGGCCAAAACCGCACCAGCAGCACCAGCGAGAGAUGAUGUAGCAGCAGCUGCAGCAGUAGUAGACGGCGCUGGCUGCGUUGCAGUAGCCGAUGGUGUUCAGCGUGCGCAACGACCAACGGCCCGAGAUGAUCAGGAACGUUCCAGCAGCCGAGGGACGGCCGCCAGCGGGGGCACUAGUACGAUGCAGGAUCAAAUUCCAACGAUCGGCGAUCGGUACGUGGUACACGGGAAGAUCGACCGGGGAACGUUCAGCACCGUUUCGCUGGCAACGAGGCGCGAUGAGGCGCACCUGGUACGGGAGAAGCGGCGUAUGUACGCGAUCAAGCUGAUCACACCGACCAGUCAUCCGGCGCGGAUCGAGCGUGAGUUGCGCUGCAUGAUCCAGCUCGGCGGUCAGGCCAAUGUGGUCGGUGUGGUGGACGCUUUCCGCCAUCGAGGCUCGGUGGCACUGGUGAUGAAGUACAUUCCACACGAACCGUUCCAUCAAUACUACUUGCAGCUUACGCCGGCCGAGGUGCAGCGGUACUUGCGCAACCUGUUGGUAGCGCUCGAGCGGGUGCACAAGUACGGUGUCAUCCAUCGAGAUGUGAAGCCGAGCAACUUUCUGCACGGUCGCCGCCACGGUGUUUACAUGUUGGUCGACUUUGGGCUUGCUCAGGAGACGUGCGGUGGCGAGUUUUCGUUGCGUGGUACUCCGGUAGCACCACCAGUAGCAGUAGCUAAGACUGACAAACGAAAGGUAUCGAUCGAUGAGCCGACGGUUCCAGCGGCAGCUGGUGUAGAGGGCGCCGCCGGCGAGUCCAGUCCCGUAGUACAGCAGGCCGUGAAGCGUCAUAAGCCAAGCGGUGGAAGCAGCACUACGGAGAACAACAGUGGAACAAUUGGAGCCGCUGGUACUGGUGCUGCGGUCGGCCGUACCUUGCAGCAGCAACAAUCGGCAAAACCGCCAUUGAAGCUGGCGAAUAGCAACGCUCCUACCCUGGCAAGGGAAGCAACUGGUGGUACGGGCAACAAUCUUAAGCAGCAAAAUCGUCAACCGCCGUCGGCCGUUGCGCCACCCGGUUCUGCUGCUGCUGCGGCUGUGCGUGGCUCCGGGAAUGGUUUCCGUUCCUGCGGAUGCUGCGGUCGUCCACAAGUGUGCAAUGGGUGCUUGGUAAGGCGUGAGAUCUACGCACCGCGUGCCGGUACACCCGGCUAUCGGCCACCGGAGGUGCUGCUCAAGUUUCCCGAUCAGACGACGGCCGUCGACAUCUGGGCCGUUGGGGUGAUCUUCCUCAGCAUCCUCUCCACCUGCUAUCCGUUCUUUGGCAAUACGGACGAUCUGACGGCCCUGGCGCAGAUUGUGUCCGUGUUCGGGUACGAGCGGGUCAGUGCAUCGGCCCGUGCCCUCGACCGCAACCUCCUGGUGGAUGACCGCACUAAACGCAAGAAGGCACUGAAUCUGCGCAAGAUGUGCCGUCACUUCCGUGCUGUGCACCGUCGGCGCGGUGAGGUGACACCGGCCGAGCUAGUUGCCAUGGCGGAAGAGAUUGGUCCCGGUCUCGGUACACCGGUCGGGGAGAAGGACGAGGCGAACCUGUGCGCCAACUGUGAUCUGCUGCUGGAAGAGUGCGUCUGUGAGCAGUCGUCACCGUUUCAGCCGGAUUCAAUCUCAGCAGCUGAUGAAAUCGAGCGCCAAGAGGAGAGGGGAAUCAAGAAGCCCGAUGAAGAGGAGAACGAUGAGUACGGUGUUUCGGCGUACGAUUUGCUUGAAAAGCUGCUAGAAAUCGACCCCUCCAAGCGCAUCAGUGCCGCCGACGCCUUAAAGCAUCCCUACUUCCAGGUGCAAUACUAACCAUCUUCACCUUCGUUCCGUUCCCCCCCUCUAUUUGCGUAUUCCUCGUGUCUGCCUACGCCACCGGCGCGCUCUGUAUGAGGCAUAAACAACGACAAGGACGACGACGACGACGACGAACACAACAGCAGGUCAGUAGCGAUCGAAGAUUGGGACAGUACGAUCCCCCACAUGUCUCAGGCGAGCAAGCAGCAAGCGUGCGAAGUUAGUUAAGCAGCGAUUACAAAGAAAACGUUAUGCGCCGGGUCAAUUAAAGCCAGUAUACAGUAACCGCCGACAGGGAAUGGGAAUCCCCAACCAUGGGAUGUAUGGUGAGAAUGGCAGGAGCGUGUGAACGUGAUUAGAGAUUAUUCGUAUUUUCUUAAGUUACCACCGAUUUAGGAGAUAGCUAGCGCCGAGGGCGGCGGUGUCACCGCGCAAGUACGGAACGAUCCGCCAAUCUCUGAUGACACGAUUAACCAUCCGUUUGAAGCCAGUAACGAAUGAAACGCACACAGGUCCAGGGACGGGCCAGGGUAUCGCCCCAUUUGCAUUCUCUCGCGUAUAAGCAUAGGCCACGGCAUGAGAGGGAGUCUGCUGCAGGUGGAACAUUCAUAGCAUUCUGAGUGCAGGCCUGUCGCGUGGCGUGUCAAUGCGCCACCACCACCACUAGCACCAGAACCAAACCCUUUGCAACAAGUGUUUUGCCAUCUACUCAACGUGUCCCGCCGCAGCUAAGCUUAGCUCCUGCUCCUUUACGUUCUGUUUCUUUUCGCAGGGAACAGAGCCCUGUGAGCAGGUGAUGCACCGUUUAAAAGUUUGUUAAAAUUUGCUUUCUCGUGUUUUGUACGUAGAUGGUUGUUGUCCCAUACGGUUCUCUAUCAUUAUUGUAUUUAUGCAUAAUUUUAACGAAAACAUUGCUGGCGACACCUGCGCUGCUGCUAUACCACACCGGUGUGUGCGCGUGCGGGUGUAGUAUUUAGAUGUGCUUUGUUUUAAAUUCACCCGCUUAAGGUACUUCAGUGGCUAUAGCGGACACUUAUUUAUUCUUCGUUUUUUAAUUCGAUUGUCCAAAAAUACACGGAGCACUGUCGAUGGCGUUCCGUAAUUGCUUGCCAGAAGCAGCAGUAGAGAGAUUUAUUAGGACGCAAGGACACUUUUAGUACAGAUCUUUUGUUAGGUUCUUUUUUUUUUGUUGUUUUGAGGUCCACGAAGAGAAAUGAAUACUAAUUUAUUAUAAUUUAACGGUAACAAGCAAUGGUUUGUGUGAGUGUGUCACUGUAUUUAUGCGCGUAAUGAGAUCAUGUGAAUCGAAUGUGUGAGAUUCCGCCGCACCGCACCGAACGGUCGCAGCCAGUCACGUGUUUGUCCGCUUAUUUAUAACAGUUGUGUUUUCUUUUGUGUAGAGAAUCUGUAGGCUGUACUUCAGGGGGAAACAGGCAAAGAACGACAUCAGGGAGUAAAGCGAGCGGGGGUGGACAAUAUUCCCCCCGCCCCCCGCGGACACAUUCAGUGUGUUGUAGAGUAGUGUAUAGAUGUGUAUAUGAGUGUAUAUGUGUGUGUGUGUUUGUGCGUAUCUCUGAAUACACUGUGUCCGUACGUGAGAGGCUCUUCCAUUACUAGGCCGAGGGAGCGAUCAGCAGAAGUCGAACUUCUUGUCCCUGGGAAGAGGUGUAAGAACAAACUACAACACAUUCUACUUGAAGGUGGUGCAUUAGGUGUAAAGGGCCUCCGCAAAGUCAGCAAGCAAGCAAACAAGCACACGCACAAAGGAUGCACCAAAUGUCCCCGUAAUCCGUGGUGUACAGCAAUGUGUUUCUUUGGGCGCAGUGGACCCCGAAACACGGCAACAACAAAUGAAGUACAACAUUAAACCAAUGGAUAGAGAAAAGCGAUAAAGAGAAAGAGAGUGAAAGUUGAAAACUUGUAGCAAAUGGGGAAACACCCGGGGACAGGGGAAUGCAUCAUUAUCAUCAUCAUCAUCAUCAUCAUCAACAUCAUUAUCAGUGGUAGGAAUGAUUGUGGGGAUGGCAAUGGCUAGUAUCCAUCCUUCCUAUCUAUCUAUCAAUCUAUCGAUCUAUAUAUUUUAUGUAUUUCUAUGUAACUAAUAUAUUAUUGCUAUAGGUAUAUAUCUAUAUAUUUGGUGGACGUCCUUCGUGCAAGCGUGUGCCGUUGUUGUUUUAUGAAUGGUGCGCACAGCCAGCAGCAAAGCAGCAAAUCUGUCCAGUAAAUGCGUCACUAAGAUCGUAUUCAAUUUUAAUUCCAAAACGGGCCGUGACGUGGGCAAAGGCAAGUGUGCCCGACCUUCUUUCCCGGCCAUCGUGGCACCCUUAGUAGUAGUGCAUUUCCCUGUGCAGUGCACACUAGCGAGGCAAACACACCACACUCAUGCAGAAAAACUGAAAUUAUUAUGUAUUGUUUCGUUUUAAUUUUCCAUCGCGAGUGAUCUCAUCGGUUGUGCAGACGAAUGGGCGAAGGCGGCGGCAUGGGCGCUGAUAACAUAUUCCAUCGACAAAGUGGGCAGGAACAAAAAGGAAGGGCAAAGAGGGAAAAACAGGGGCGACAGAUAGAAAAGAAAAGAAUGUAACACACGAACGGGACGGAACGGAUGAAAAAUCAUACAUUAAUCAGACUCGUUAAGUGAUGAAGGGAUUCGGUGCAAACAGAGUGGGACACAGCAAAAAGCAAAAGAAAACAAAACACACAAAAAAAUCGUAGAUGUAAUAGCAUAAUCACACGUCAAACGAAAUCGGAACACGGUAACAAAGAUGUAAAAGCGAUCACGAAACAACCGCGUACGCAGCAGUAGUCCUCUCUCCUGGUGACCGUCUCCUGGUGACCGCCUCGCCGUGAGCGAGCCCACCCAAGCCCUUUUUGUACGAUCCACAUCAGCUGGGCUGCACGGGCGGGGUGGUGCAGGAGUGGUACCCCGGGGUCCUAGCCGCUAGCACUCGGUAUGCGAUUUUCCGUGUUCCCGGAUUUUAACGUAACCCAAAACCGCAUUCAGCAAUGUACGGUAAUUGAAAAUAAACGAGCAGAAACCGAACGUGUAGGUAAAUUAAACGGAAAAUGAAAUAACUAAUGUGUUUUUGUC